UUGGUUAAAUCUCUUGGAUUUCUGAAGUGUGUAGUCAUAGCAAACAAACAGUACCAGUGAAGACCCCUGAUUUAACUAGACUGGUCUGCAGUUAGCUGCUGGACCCGACUGCAGACAAUGGUCAAAGUGCAGAGAUCCUCCGCCCAGCUGCUUUUUCUUUCACCUGGACAGGACAGCCCUCUGUCGCCUCUCCUGGACUUCCUGACUGUGAGACCUCUCCACCCUGAACCCUGCAGCUAUUUAGGCCAGAGCACAGCCUCUUCCUUCUCUAGGUUCUGCUUGCUCCUAGACUGAACCUGGGGUCCCAGGCUCACCAUCAUGAAUCCACUGCUGGAAGCAAAUGGCACCUUUGCCUUAAAUCUUUUGAAAAUACUGGGUGAAGACAGCUCAAAAAAUGUACUUUGCUCCCCCAUGAGCAUCUCCUCAGCCCUGGCCAUGGUCUUCAUGGGGGCGAAAGGAACAACUGCAAGCCAGAUGAUGCAGGCACUGUCUUUGGAUAAAUGCAGCGCCAAUGGAGGUAGAGACAUCCACCAGGGCUUCCAGUCACUUCUCACCGAAGUGAACAAGACUGGCACACAGUACUUGCUCAGAACAGCCAACAGGCUCUUCGCGGAAAAGACUUGUGAUAUCCUAGCUUCUUUUAAAGAUUCCUGCCAUAAGUUCUAUGAAGCAGAAAUGGAAGAGCUGGACUUUAAGGGUGCUCCAGAGCCAUCCCGACAGCACAUCAACACCUGGGUAGCCAAAAAGACAGAAGAUAAGAUUACAGAGUUGCUAUCUUCAGGUUCAGUGAAUUCAAGCACUCUGCUGCUCCUUGUGAAUGCCAUCUACUUCAAAGGAAAGUGGAAGAAGCAGUUUAACAAAGAGGACACUCAAGAAAUGCCUUUCAAAGUCACCAAGAAUGAGGAGAAACCUGUGCAAAUGAUGUUUAAGAAGUCUACCUUUAAGAUGGCCUAUGUGGAAGAGAUAUCCACUACCAUUCUGUUGCUUCCUUAUGUCGGCAAUGAGCUGAACAUGAUCAUCAUGCUUCCAGAUGAACAUGUUGAACUGAAAAUGGUGGAAAAGGAAAUAACUUACAAGAAAUUCAUAGAGUGGACAAGGCUGGACAAGAUGGAAGAAGAAGAGGUGGAGGUUUUCCUCCCAAAGUUUAAACUGGAGGAGAACUAUGACAUGAAGGAUGUCCUGUGCAAGCUGGGCAUGACUGAUGCCUUUGUGGAGGACAGGGCAGACUUCUCAGGAAUAGCAUCUAAAGAAGGCUUAUUUCUGUCCAAGGUCAUUCACAAGUCCUUUGUGGAGGUCAACGAGGAGGGCACAGAGGCUGCGGCUGCCACUGCAGCCAAUAUAGGUCUUAGGUGUAUGGUCCCCUACUUCUGUGCCAACCGCCCUUUCCUUUUCUUCAUCCAACACAGCAAGACCCAUGGGAUUGUGUUCUGUGGCCGGUUCUCCUCCCCAUGAGAAAGGAUGCUGUGGUGUUAGCCCACUGCCUUUGCCCACUAUCUUUCUCAUGAUUUGUCUGUGUAUCAGUAAAUGGUAUGACAAUUCUGUGCUUGGUGGCACACACCUAUAAAGCUACCCUUUCAAGGAUGAAUGUGAAAGAAUCAGACAUCAUGCAGGGCUAUGCAGGGCCUCAGCUACAUAGCAAGUUCAAGACAAGCCUGGGCUACACUAGACCAUUAUACACAAAACCAAAUCAAAUCAAAACAAUACAAAAAAAUAAGAAUA